AUGGAUCGAUUCCAGAGAGGAGGAGAGAGGAGGAGGGUAGACGACGGAGGCGAGAUGAGGACGAUGACGGAGGCGAUUUACCAUGUGCCCUUCAAGUUAUGCGUUUUGUACCGUGCGCUCCUCAGAGCCCACCACUCGCACUCGGCCACGCCACUCCUCGUUGGCAGGAGAAAGCAGCUGAGGAAAAUCGAAGCAAAACCCAAUUUCUGUACGGAAUUGGAAGCAAUUGCAGGGCCCCCAGGUGAAAGAGAAGCCAACGCCGGGAAGCGAAGCCUUCCUUCGUGGAUUAGUUCAAGAGACAAUGAGAGUGAGUCCCCUGGAAAGAAAUUAACUGGGGCUGCUGAAGGUGAAGAAAGCAAUGAGGAAGGAAAGCCAAGGGUAGCCAGGGGGCGCGGGGGUACGCCUUCUAAGGACAUCAAGAAAUCUUCUGCAUCCAGUUCCGGAACUGCAAACUUUUCCAAACUCAUGGAAGGAGUAGUGUUUGUGCUGUCUGGGUUUGUUAAUCCUGAGCGCAGCAAUUUGCGGUCACAGGCUUUGGAAAUGGGAGCGGAAUAUCAGCCUGACUGGAGUUCAGAUUGCACUCUCUUAGUUUGUGCAUUUCCAAACACCCCAAAGUUUCGACAAGUUGAGGCAGAUUGUGGAACUAUAGUUUCAAAGGAUUGGAUAUCAGAAUGUUACGCCCAGAAGAAGCUUGUCGAUAUUGAAAGUUACCUUAUGAAUGCUGGAAAACCCUGGCGUAAAAGCAGUGUUUCCCAUCAAAACAGCCAAGACAAAAAGGUAUCCCGACCUAGUAAAUCUAAGAAGCAAGAUGGAGAAACACCAUUGAAACCAACUGCCCCAGCAACUUCAAAGCAGAUAAAAGCUUCUAAUACUGUUAAAGAGUGCUUUUCUCCUUCUAAAGUGAAGAAGUGGGCAGUUGAUGAUUUGAAUAAGACAAUAUCGUGGCUGGAGAGUCAAGAAGAAAAGCCAGAGCCAGAUGAGAUAAAGCAAAUAGCAGCUGAAGGGAUUUUAACUUGUUUACAAGAUGCAAUAGAAUUUCUUGAACAAAAACAGGAUGUCCGGAAAAUAACUGAGCAGUGGAAUUUCAUUCCUCGUGUAGUUGAAGAGUUGGCAAAGCUCGAGGGCACCGGAAGUAACUCUGCGGCAGUAUUCAAGGAAGAUCUCUGCAAACAGGCUGUGGACUGUAAACAAAUUUACGAGGCAGAACUUAAUGGUUUAGGUGAUGAGUCCUCAAAGAAAAAACCAAAGGUGGAAAGACAAGAGAGGGACAGUGGGAAAACUGAAGGCAUAUGCAGUGGUGCAGCAGGAUACGACAGCGAUGAUACAAUUGAGAUGACAGAGGAGGAAAUAGACCAUGCAUAUAAUAAUGUAGCUUCUAAGAUCCCUAAUGCUGUUUAAACCAUCUCUGAUGUAGAUGAAUAACUGUAAUGUUUUCGCAAAUUUUUCUUAAGGGAUGAUCUUUUCUUA